AUGGCCGCCCCCGAGCCCCCACCACUCUCCCACGCCCACCACACAGCACCCCCGCACAUCCGCGCCAUCCACAAAACCUACCAGAAGCUGCCCGUCCCCGCGCUCGCCCACGACCGCCACAUCCUCGACCUCGCCGCCGCAGCCGCCGACACGCCCGCGCGGCAAUGGCACGCGCCGCACCUCAAGCUCGUGGGAUACGUGCCGGGUGAGCGUGCGAGGGGGGCGUUUAGCGCCUUUCGGGGGGCGGCUGGGUGCGGUGACGACGACGAGGAGGAGGCAGCGGGGGGAGGGGGGAGGGGGGGUGCGGCAAUCUAUGAGCAUGAUUUCGUUCCCGGACUCCAGAUAAUCCCCUCGCUCCUCCCACCACGCACGCAGCGCACGCUGCUCUCCGCGCUGCUGCACAAGCAUCUCUCGAACCCCGAGCACGCCACGAACCUACACCCGCACUACACCCUGCCCUACCCCUCUUCCCCUUCUUCCUCCGACAUCAAGACCGCCUCCUCCGUCGGCGGUAGCUUCUUCACCCUCCCCCCCACCACCCCCCUCCCGCCACUCUCCCCCACCCACACGCCCCUCACAACCCACCGCAUGCUCUCCAAAAAGCUGCGCUGGCUCACGCUCGGCGCGCAGUACGACUGGACACUCAAGCAGUACCCCGCUGGCUCCUCUUCCGUGUCGUUUCCGGCCGAUGUGGGCGGGUUGAUCACAGACCUCCUCCCAAAAACAACCACCCCGCAAGCCGCAAUCACAAACCUCUACUCGCCCGGCGACACGCUAGCCCCGCACCGCGACGUCUCGGAGGCCUCGCGCGCGCCGCUGGUCAGUGUGUCGGUGGGGUGUGAUGCUGUGUUUGUCAUUGGUCUUGACCCCGCCACCGACUCCCCCCCCGUACCUUCCUCCCCCGACUCCCCCGACUCCUCUGCACCUCCCCCCCGCAACCCCGACGCCGAUUCCAGCGCCGAGGCCGGGGAGCGGGUGCUGGUGCUCCGCGUACAUUCCGGCGACGUGGUGGUCAUGGGCGGCGCGAGCCGGUGGGCGUGGCAUUCGGUGCCGCGCGUGGUGGCGGGGAGCUGUCCGGGUUAUGUUGCGGGGUGGCCUGGUGCUGGUAUGGGGGAGUGGGCGGGAUGGAUGGGCGGCAAGAGGGUUAAUUUGAAUGUGCGGCAGAUGUGGGAUUAG